AUGUUCUACUAUCCCAACGUGCUUCAGCGCCACACUGGCUGCUUUGCCACCAUCUGGCUGGCAGCGACCCGCGGCAGCCGGUUGGUGAAGCGCCAAUACCUGCAGGUGAACGUGGUGAAGACCUGCGAAGAAAUUCUCAAUUAUGUGCUGGUUCGAGUGAAACCUCCGCUGCCUGGCCAGCCGCGGCCCCGCUUCUCCCUGUAUCUCUCAGCUCAGCUCCAGAUCGGUGUGAUCCGGGUCUACUAUCAACAAUGCCAGUACCUCGUUGAGGACAUCCAGCACAUCCUGGAGCGCCUACAUCGGGCCCAGCUACAGAUCCGCAUUGAUAUGGUAGAAUCAGAGCUACCCAAUCUGCUGCUUCCUAACCACCUAGCUAUGAUGGAGACCCUAGAAGAUGCUCCAGACCCCUUUUUCGGGAUGAUGUCUGUGGAUCCCAGACUUCCCAGUCCUUUAAAUAUCCCUCAGAUUCGAAACCUCUUAGAGGCUGUGACCCCUGAGAGAGUUCUUGAGGAGAUCCCUCCUGAAGUCCCUGUGGAGCCCAGGGAGCCAGACAGGAUUCCAGUCACUGUGCUGUCUCCUGAGGUCAUCACCCUCCGGGAGGAAGAGCCCAUACGCCUUCUACAGAUUGAGGGUGAACGGGAUCUCCCAGAGGUCAGCCGCCGGGACUUGGACCUUCUGAUUGCGGAGGAAGAUGAAGCUAUCUUGUUAGAGGAAGUCCCCCCACUCUCACCUCCAGCUCCUAUACGAGUGGAAGGGAUAGAAGAACUACCUCCAGCCCAGGUCCUAGGCCCUGAGGAGCUGAAGCCAACUUGGGAGCCCAAGCCCCUACUGACUGAGGUGACGCCACCACAGGAGCUGCGUCUGCCAGCCCCACCAAGCCCAGAGCGGAGGAAGAGGCCCCCAGCACCCCCACCUCCUGAGAGCCCACCUGCUCGUCGCCGUCGCCAAUUACUAUUCUGGGACAAAGAAACUCAGAUCUCCAAGGAGAAAUUCCAGGAACAACUGCAAACCAAAGCCCACUGCAGGGAGUGUCCAAUGGUGCAGCCUCCUGAGAGGACAAUCAUGAGCCCUGCAGAGUUGUUCCGAACUCCAACUCACACUUGUUGGCUACCUCGAGAACUAAUAGCUUUGUGGACCCACUGUGCCCAGCCACCUCCCAAGGGGCUGAGGCCAAGGCUGCCCGAGGAGGCUGAAGAAGCUGCCGAGAGGGAGCUAGCAGCUGAAGAGGAGAAGAGAAAGACUGAAAUUCCAAGUGAGAUCGAGGUCCUGAGGGAGGCCCAGGAACCCAGUGGUCCCCUGAUGGUGUCUUCAGAGCUCUCCCUAGAAGCAGCUGAAGAGGAGAAGUCCCGCAUCAGUCUAAUCCCACCAGAAGAACGGUGGGCCUGGGCUGAGGCGGAGCAGCUAGAGCCCCCUGCACUGCCCGCAGUGCCUGAACUCCCUGAGGUGCCCGUAGAGAUACCUUUAGAGCUACCCCCACAGCUGGAGCUGCUCUCACUAGAGGCUGUGCACAGGGCAGUGGCCCUGGAGCUGCAGGCCAACAGGGAGCCUGACUUCAGCAACCUAGUGCCACCACUCAGCCCCCGCAGGAUGGCUGCUCGUGUCUUCUACCUUCUCCUGGUGCUCUCAGCACAGCAGAUCCUCCACGUGGAACAAGAGGAACCAUACGGGCGCCUCCUGAUCCAGCCAGGGCCCAGAUUCUACUGAGAUUAGAGGCCAUUUACAAAGCUACAGGAAACUGGGUACAUUAAACCAUGUCCUGCCUGC